AUGCCACAGGAAUCCACGCGUCAGCUGGCGCUGGAAGUUAUAGCCGCCCUGGAAGCCGACAAGACACUCAUAUAUACGGACGGAUCCGUCACAAAAACCGGAGCAACAUCCACCGUCUACAUCCCGGAAACUCAAGGGAUAAUCAAGAGUAACUUGACCCACAAGACAUCAUCAACAGCUGCCGAACUACACGGAAUCUCAUCUGCUCUUCACUACAUCAAAGAGCAACCACCCCGAGACUGGGCCAUACUCACGGACUCGAAACCCGCCUUGUACACCAUCACCUCAUCAAAGACAACACCAAACGACGCCCUAACAGAAGACAUCCUGGAAACCUACACCGAACUUCUCAAGAAGGGACACACUGUGCAGCUACAGUGGGUGCUCAGCCACUACAACAUCAACGGGAAUGAGAAAGCGGACGAGGCAGCACGUGAAGCCCACGCAGCCACAGAGAAGAGCGCCAUUCCCCUGAGCAGACAGGACUCCAGGACAAUAGCAAGGAACGCCUGCGAGGCCGAGAUGAAGAAACUACUGACGAACUCCAACUGGAGGAAUCCACGGCUACAACGUCUGGACGGGGCUCACACAUACACCGGAACGAAACACCUGAGGAGAAGAGAGGCAGCCCAAGUCCACAGGCUCAGACUUGGAAUGGCAUUCACCAAAGCAUACAAGGUGAAAAUCAACCUGGCCAGGGAUCCCCUAUGCACAGCGUGCAAGGUACCCGAAGAUGACAACCACGUUCUGCUGCAUUGCCCCCAGUUCGACAGCCAGAGAGCGAAGCUACGGCAAGCACUUCAGCGCAUGGAUACACGACCGUUCACCCUGGAAAAAAUCCUGGGAGCCUGGCCCACACACGACCAGUGUCACCGAGCUGUAAAGCACCUGACAACCUUCCUCCACGAAGCGAAACUCUCAGCCCUGUGA